AUGGAGCAGACCAAGGCACUCAAUGCCCUCGAGCCGUUCCUUGCCCUCAGCAAGUCUGCAACCUCACCACGCGCUGCAUCCGACUUGGUCAUGCAAGCCACAAGUGCGCCCAACACAUACGUCUUCGCCGAAUUACUACAGACACCCAAUAUCCAGAACCUGCGGAGUUCUGAAGACUACGCACCCUAUCUCUCACUUCUCGGGAUCUUUGCGUGGGGCACAUGGGAGGAUUACAAGGCACAACCGGACCUGCCCAAACUCUCAGCACAGCAGCAUCAGAAGCUCCUCUUGCUCUCGCUACUUCCACUGUCACACUCACACAACACACUCACCUACAAACACUUGCUCGUGGCGCUCGACUUGUCCACCACACGCGCCCUUGAAGAGCUGAUAACAACCGCCAUUUACUCUGGCCUCAUCACCGCUACACUCGACCCCGCCCACUCUCUCGUCUCGGUCACUUCCAUCUCUCCCCUCCGCGAUCUCGCCCCUGGUUCAUUGCCUGCACUACAAACCACACUACAGUCAUGGUCACAACGUUGCGACUCGGCACUUGCAGACCUCCAGGCCCAGGUAGAGAAGGUGAAGAAUGAGGCAGCUACCCGGGAAAAGGUUCGCAGGAAGAAGGAAAGGGCUAUUGAGGCGGCUUUGCAAGCUGAGAGCGAAAAGAGCAACGGGAAGCGGGGGAUCAUGGGUAUGGCUGGUGAUGAUGCCAUGGAUAUUGACGAGGAGAGUGGGAGCAGCCGGAACACCAGGGGAACUAAGAGAGUUCCUGGUGGAGGGCUGGGCUCCAUUGGCAUGGGCCGCCGCUUGGGAUGA